CUAACUUACGAACGCAGCUCAAUUGUGACGUCUGAUAUUAUUUUCUGUCAUUCAUGAUUAAUCAAAAAUUAUCAUUUGAAAAAAUGGCUGACGAAGUGCAGCUGGCUCAGAGUGCCCAAGCUGGAGGAGAUACAAUUUUUGGGAAAAUAUUGCGGAAAGAAAUACCUUGUAACUUUAUUUACGAAGACGAUUUGUGUGUGGCAUUUGAUGACAUCAAUGCACAAGCACCAGUACACUUCUUGGUAAUUCCUAGAAAGCCAAUUACUCAACUCUCUAAGGCUCAAGAUGGUGAUGAGGCUUUACUUGGUCAUCUCCUUAUUGUUGCUAAAAAGAUUGCUGAGAAACGAGGAUUGAAUGAUGGUUUCAGGAUUGUCAUCAAUGAUGGACGUGUGGGAGCCCAGUCAGUCUACCAUCUCCAUGUUCAUGUUUUGUCUGGGAGACAAAUGCACUGGCCUCCAGGCUAACGUUAUAGAUGUGAUAAAAGUUUAUUUACAACAAAUGAUUAUAGAUCAUUACAAUAAAAAAGAAAAAAAAAUGGA